UGAUAGCGAUUACUUAAUUAUGAUCCAGUGGUUUUAAAAUAGGUUGCGGUUGGUUUUCUAACACCUGUCGCGAUCCUAUUAUUUGUAUCUAGUUGAAUCAUCACACUGAAAUACAUUCAAAGAAAAGUACUAGGCAAACAGCUUGUUGUUUGGAAUGUAAUCUUCAUCAAACUUGCUGUUGGUAGCGAUGGGAUAAAAUAGCAGGGUAGAGAUCGCGAUCAAGUAUUUCAUGGAUGUUGUCGUACUAUUUGUCAUUGUUGUGAUACUUGGAGCUGUGGAACACUGUCAAGGCCAGAUUGCGUGCUGGCAAAAUGUGACGACAUGGCAAGGCGUUCUCAAGUCUCCCGGACAUCCGGGGUCUUACCAGAACAAUCUCGACUGCUAUUGGUUGAUCGCGGUUUCCCCUGGCAACAUGAUACAGAUUACAUUCAAAGAGCUAGAGCUUUCGUCGCUCCUCGAAAGCCAGAGUGAACAACUUGCAGGAUGCCCCAAAGACUAUAUCGAAAUUCGUCAUGGCAACAACGUGACGUCGCCAUUACUCCGACCAAGAAUAUGUGAUGCGGAAGUGACGUCAGACCUACAGGAAAUGACGUCAAAUAGCACUACACUGCUGAUACACUUACACACGGACAUUAGUGGUGGGAAUCGUGGAUUCCUUCUUUUGCAUCAAGGUAUUUGUAACCGUCGUCUGAGUUAUGCUACUGGCGAGAUCACGUCACCAAAUUACCCCAGCACAUAUCCGGCUCAGGCUUCUUGCAGCUGGGUGAUUGACAGAGGGGCGGGGUUUAGCGUCCAGUUAAUAUUUCGUGAAUUUGAACUGGAGAACCAUACAAGAUGUUUAUACGACUAUGUCAAGGUCCAGGAUGGUGGAUUAGUAGGAUCUCCGACAAUAGCACGUCUGUGUGGCAAACACGAGAAUUUCUCUCUGACCACCAAUGGUCCCAUGAGGAUUUCCCUCGUCUCCGACAAGCAUCAGGCUUACAGCGGCUUUAGAGCGACUUAUUCAACUUCAGAUAAGGACGAGUGUCAGAACAACCCUUGUCCAUUAAACUCCAUCUGCUCAAACACGAUUGGUUCGUAUGACUGCGCAUGUCAGCCUAACUAUGUCAAGUCUGGUGAGCGAUGUAUUAUCGCCGUUGACUAUUGCUUGAAGUAUAACUACACUUGCAGUGAGUUUGCCCAGUGUUUCAAUGGCCCUACCAAUCACACCUGCGCCUGCAAGCAAGGCUACAGCGGUAAUGGUACCUACUGCGCAGAUAUUAAUGAAUGCACUUCUAACUUCACACGUCAUCGUUGCCAUAACAAAGCGACUUGUACAAAUACAAUUGGGUCGUACGACUGUGCGUGCGUCUUGGGAUACACCGGAAGUGGAUUAGAAUGCGUAGACGUUAAUGAAUGCUCUACGAGAACUCACAACUGCCACUUCAAUUCCACGUGCACUAAUACCGUGGGCUCAUAUUUGUGCGCGUGCAAAGGUGGAUUCACUGGAGAUGGAGUCGCAUGUGUUGAUGUGGAUGAGUGUGUCGAAGGCAAUCAAUGCCAUAGCAAUGCGACGUGCAACAACACUAUUGGCGAAUACACAUGUACAUGCAAUGUUGGGUUUACUGGAGACGGAUAUGAGUGCAAUGAUACCAAAGAAUGUGAUGAUGGUUCACAUCUCUGUGACAAGCACGCCAUCUGUACCAAUACACUUGGAAGGUUCAACUGCACAUGUGUAGAUGGUUUCCAUGGAAACGGAACUCAUUGUAAAGAUGUAGACGAAUGCGCGCAUGCGCUUCACAAUUGUCACACGCACGCGAUUUGCAUUAAUACCGUGGGCUCAUUCAAUUGCUCAUGUGAGGCUGGUUUCCAUGGAAACGGGAUCGACUGUAAAGAUAUGGAUGAGUGUGCGCUUAGUCACCACGCCUGCCACGCCCUCGCCAGCUGUAGCAACACGAUCGGGAGCUACACGUGCUCUUGUAACGACGGUUUUCAAGGAGAUGGGCGCUACUGUGGUGAUAUCAACGAGUGUAUGGAGAAGUCACAUGACUGUAGAACUGGCUCAAUAUGCAUCAACAAACACGGCUCAUUUACCUGUCCGUGUAGAGACGGCUACGUGCGAUCCGGCAUGCAUUGCGAACCUGAAACUCUUCGGUCAUCCAGUGCGCCUUCAGCAAAUAUCCAGUCUCUCUCGGGCUUGGAAUUAGGGCUGAUCUCUGGCGGUUUAGUACUGGUACUAGUAGCGGCCGUGGCAGGAGGCCUGGUGUACUGGAGGAUUCUACGAGGAAAGCGUGAUACAGAACAAGGAGGGGAAGAGAUGGAUGAGUACAUCACGAUCGACCGAAGAGCUCAAAACUUCCAGGACUUCCACAAUGACGCAUUCUACGACAACAGAAGCUUUAGUGAUGAAAGAGAAACGAGAUUUACCGAGCUCGAGUACUGCGAACGUCUUUCUCCAAGAGACGAACACAAGACUACGGAAUAUCAAUCUCGAGAUAACCCGCUAGCUCGGACGAACAGUUUUAAACUGAGAUCCCCAAUACCAGAGUCGAUCGAAGUUUAGGUUCGUCAACUGGCAGGAAAACAUUUAUCACUCUGUGGGAUAUUACAGUCAUUAAUUUUGAGAAGGAUAAGUGAAUAUGGCUCAGCAUAAAGCUUAUACACUAGGCCACACUCAAGGUUGCAGGGUUGUUUAUAUAACAUUUGAUCACGUCUCGCGAUUUGGACUAUACCAAUACUAAAAAUUUUAUUUCAUUUCAAAUGAUUAUGUAUGCUCUUUAUGGCAAACUAACGACCUUUCUUUUUGGAUCCCAAAAGGGUUAAACAGAACCGAGAUUUCCCUAUUUUUGUGAUGUACAAUACACCUGAAAUGUGAAAUUUUAGUGCGAAAAAUAGCGGGAUCAGGAUUUGGGGCAGACUUAUGAGCAAAAGCGGCCAGGAAACGAAAUGAAAAAAAAAAAAGUCUCCGGGAUACUCGAAAAGCAACAAGUUUCCUGUUGAGGGAAACGACCCUUAAAAAACAGUUAUGCGUGUGCUAUGUUAAAAAAAAGUAAAACUUGUAAAGCUGACUUCACUGCAUGGCUCCCCUACCAUAGUUUCAAGUGUACAGCUCAUAAAACCUUUUGUGCAUUGUUCGCUUUUUAAUAAAAAAAAUGAGUAUAAAA